AUGGUAGCUGUGAGGCUGGGGUGGAUACGCCAUGCUUCGACCCUUAUUAUACCUGUGCUUUUAGCGGCGGGGACCUUGGCUACUCCGGACUAUACUCAAUAUUCUGGCGAUGCGGUGUCGGCAAGGAAUACAUGUCCGGCAAAAAGUAUUUGGGAGACCGAGGCAGAGCUCUUUCGGGGUCCUGUAUGCCUAGAGACUCGCUGGGGGCGGGGUCGAGAGUGGCUACAAUCCGACUCGGCAGCAUCCAGUAUUGUAGGAAAUGAUACUGCCGCUCCUGGUUCUGCUACAACACCCGAGGAGCCUACAGUGGCUGCAGUGGCACCAAAUACAGAGCAGGAACAUGAGGCAGACUCGUUACUUGAUAGUGCGAGCUUCCUUUCGUUCGAAGACUGGAAGAAACAAAAUUUGGCCAAGGUUGGCCAAUCUGCUGAUAAUGUGAGAGGGAACCGACGAUCAGUUGGAGCUGGGAAGGACACUAGCCGCCAACCGGGAAUCAAUAAUGCCUUGGACGCACUGGGGGACGAUGGGGAGAUUGAGUUAGACUUUGGUGGGUUCGAGGCUGAUCAUUCGGAGCGAAAUGCCAACCGUGAUGUCGGGAGACAGGGCACAGCACAAACGGAGAUAUCGCGCCGAAAAGAUGCAGGCGUUACGUGCAAAGAGCGGUUCAAUUACGCGUCCUUCGAUUGUGCGGCUACGGUGCUCAAGACGAAUUCCGAGUCAAAGGGCUCAUCAGCUAUCCUUGUUGAGAAUAAGGAUAGUUACAUGUUGAACGAAUGCCGCGCCCAGAAUAAGUUUCUAAUUCUUGAGUUGUGCGAUGAUAUUUUGGUGGAUACGGUGGUGCUGGCGAACUACGAGUUCUUCAGUUCGAUCUUUCAUACUUUCCGGGUCAGUGUUUCGGAUCGAUAUCCAGCGAAGCCGGAUCAGUGGAAAGAGCUAGGAGUUUACGAAGCCCGAAAUUCUCGCGAAGUGCAGGCAUUUGCGGUGCAGAAUUCGUUGAUUUGGGCUCGAUACCUUCGUAUCGAAUUCUUGACUCAUUAUGGCCAUGAGUUCUACUGUCCCGUCAGUUUAGUCCGCAUCCAUGGCACGACCAUGAUGGAGGAGUAUAAACACGAUGAAAGCCAUGGUCAGACUGACGCUGAAGACGAGGCCGAGGCCGAGGCUGAGCAGCCGACUCAAGAAAGCCAGCAUAUUGAAGAGCUGGAAGCUGAACAAGUUCAGCCCCAAGGGGAAGAGCCUCCUCGCGAGCCGAUUAAGGCAGAGCUAUGUCCUAACCCUCUUACGGAGAUCGAGGCGGUUCUGCUGGGCCUUUCUGUUGAAAGAUGCGUUCUUGAUGAGAAGCCGUCUGUGCAAUCAGCUCAAGAAGGUACGCCUUCCACGGGACGGACUGUCACUCAAUCUGAUGUGAACUUCACCUUCAUACCGAGGGACAAUGCACCUGCUACAAAUUCAGGCUCUGUCCCGCCAAAGGCUGCUGAUGAUGCCCGGAAGGCGAGCGACUCCCCCAAAGCUAUAACAACGACCCCGGAUGCUUCUGUCGCAGCUGCAGAGCCGGCGCAGCAGGAUGCUACCGUCGAAAGCACAGGAAGAUCGACUACGAACCCCAAGGAAGAACAGCAAAACCCGCCUCAAGAAUCCACCAGACCAACCUCAACACAACCACCCUCUUCAAACCCGACUACCCAAGAAUCCUUUUUCAAAUCUGUUCACAAGCGGCUGCAAAUGCUCGAGUCUAACUCUACCCUGUCAUUGCUUUAUAUUGAGGAACAGUCUCGGAUUCUUCGUGACGCGUUCAAUAAGGUUGAAAAACGUCAACUAUCGAAGACCUCCACUUUCCUUGAGAACUUGAAUGUCACUGUCCUGAACGAGCUUAAGGAAUUCCGUGAACAAUAUGACCACGUUUGGAAAUCAGUCGCCUUUGAAUUUGAACACCAGCGCGUUCGCUACCAUCAAGAGGUCCAUUCGCUCAGUGCCCAAUUGGGCGUUCUGGCCGACGAGCUUGUUUUUCAGAAACGAGUCAUCGUGAUUCAAAGCAUAAUGGUCAUGUGCUGUUUCGCCCUCGUUCUGUUUUCACGCGGCUCAGUGAGCAAUUACAUGGAGUUUCCUCGUGUCCAACGGAUGGUCGCCCGUUCGUAUAGUUUGCGAUCCUCAUCUCCUAUCUAUGCAUCUCCAUCAGCCAGCCCUGGAUCUACGCGGCCAACUUCCUCGUACCGACAGAAUGGUGGCCAUCAGCGAAACAUUUCAGAUACAUCAUCCUCUCAGGAUUGCCCCGUUAGCCCGGAUGUUGCCUAUAUCCCGCCGACCCCGACCUCUGACGUGGAACGGGAAUUGGGGGACGACAAGGCUGAUUGCGAUCAACCGCAAUCUCCCGACUCGAUCAAAUUAACUAUACUCGGAAGCCCACAUUACCGGUCGCAUAGUACGCCACCUGUAUUGAACGGUCAUACGACGGAUCUUGACCUGAAUGGGGCAGAGGAUGACGGGAUAUUAUCGUCCGAGGUCCAGGCCUCGACACCCUCAGAUGAAGACCCGCCGCGGACGUCAUAA